AUGGCGCCAAACCCUAGCCCCGUCGGAGGGGUUUUGGAGCCCUUGCCGCCGGCAAUGGAGGCCCUCGAGCGGCUGCGGACGGCGGCGCCGCCGUAUUACCUCACCCCGUCCCCGGACCUCGCGCGUCUAGCCCGUGAGGCUUCCACGCACCUCUUCUCUUCGCUGCUUCCAUUCUGUACGAAUCCCCUCCCUCUCGACCGCCUGCUCGCCGACGAAAGCUUCGACGCGGAGCAGAUAUGGCACCAGAUAGAGGUCCAGUCUCGCCCACUGCUCCCGGUUUUGAGGAGAGACCUGCGGCGGUUCGAGAAGAUGGCCCCCGAGGAGCUGUUGGGCGUGAAGGUCCCACAAGAGGAUGGAAGGGGAGGGAAAGAAGAAAAAGAUUUAGAGGCAGAAGAUAUGGAGGAUCCUGGCGAGGAGGAAGAGAUCCUGGAAGAUGAACAAGCAGAAGGGGGAGAGAGGAAUGUGAGGCGAGGUGGCGGUGCGUCCGAUAGUCUUUUGGAGGGCAAUGAGUCGGAUUACUCGGAGGAUGGUAGGGAUGAUGAGGAUAAAGACGAAGAUGAAGAUGAAGAUGAAGAUGAAGACGAAGAUGAGGACGAGGAUGAAUAUUUAAUAGAGCACGAGGUAAGCCUGUCGUAUAUCUACUUUGAUGCGUCUCGGACGAGCUUUUUGUUUUCAAGGACUAGGACGUGACAAUGCUCAACAUCUAUUGGUGUGUAUAUUACCGUUCAAACCUUGUCGACUUGCCACAGGAAGAAUUGCAGUUAUCUUCAAGAAACUUGUGCCUAUAUUAGAAAUUUGAUAUUUUGUUGAUUAAUUUGGCGCAUAAAUGUAGUACUGUCAAUCAGUCACAAAAUCUUUUUUUUUUUCCAGAAAUCAAAUGAAUUUUAUGCACCGGUUUCAUAAAAUUUAUUGUUAAUCCAUUCAUUCUUCCAUCUGAAUCAGCAUUUCCAUAUUAGUGUUCUGAAUAUAUUUUCCCCCUCUAAAGGGAUGCUGUGGCAGAAUCUCUCAGGCCAGGCCAAAUAGUAAAUUGUCCUACUAUUCAUGGCCCAUCAAAUAGAGUUUUUUUUUUUUCUUACCAUCUUUCGAUCGUUAAUACGAGAUAUAAGGACCGCUACUACAAGCAGUACUACACCUUUGAUCUGAAACUAUCUAUCCGAUUUCUAUUUGCACAUAUAUAUGCACGCUUUAUAUAUGAUUACAGGUAUAAAUAUCUUGCAUGUGAUGGAACUUCAGAAAAUAAAUUUAUGUUUCAAACUUUGUGAAACAUGGUCUGCUGUUGAAAAAGUUGGGGAUAAAAUGUUCUAGAUUAGAAUCUAAGAGAAAAUUACACUUUACAUUAAAAUACUGAAAUCCCAGCGCAGAUAUUUUUUUAAGAUAAACGAUAACUAGCUAAGGUGUUUGAAGGCAUUAAAAUAGCGCCGAGGCCAUACGUUUCCGAAGCCUGCAGACAAUUACAGGAAAACUUGUGCCGAUCAACUCUUUUUUACCAAGAUAUGGAUGCUCAAUGAGUGACAUAAAUUUUUCUUCGGAGCUCCGUGUACCGGCAUGGUUAUGAUUAUGCCCCAAAGUUGAUAUAUGGUGGUUAUUAUUUAUGUUGAUUUUUUUGUGUUUCUACAUUGGCGUUUCCAUCAUAAACCGACCGAUUAUUAUUUUGAUAUAUACAAUGUCCUGACUAUUAUUUUGACCUGCAGUAUGACCCUCAGGGUGAUGGACGCGAAAAUGAAGAUCCCGACUCUGGUCUAUUUGCAAAGUAUUCCUCUCUGUUAUCCUUUUUCUUGUUUUAGUUUCACCAUAGCAUCUUAUAUUAACAAGCCAAAGUAUUUAGGAAAUGAUAGUGCAUUCCACAGCCUCCAAAAGAAAGUUGUAUUUCCAAUGCUGAAAAUUUGUGAGGUUCCUUAUGGGUUAAUCGCUCACACAGCUCGGUGCCCAACUUGGGUUAUUAUCCAUUUAUAGAAAACUAAUAUCACUUAGAACAUUUACAGUAUUUAUGUAAUUAUAACGUUAUCAUACACAACUUUUUUUGUUUGGUCGUUUUUCGCUACUUUUUGCUUAUUUAUUUUUCCAGUACUUAUUUUUUCAAAUAUUUCUAUCAGGUAUGAUGAUUUUUUUGGCGACAAAAAUAAAAAGUCAUCACAGCCUGGGGAUAAAAAGAAAAAAUGGCGAUCUUCAAAUAAAUUAGAGCAGUCUGACGAAGAAAAGGAAUCUCCGGGUGAUACAGAUAUUGAUGAUCGCCAAGCAGAUGAUGCGGAACUUGACAGUCAGGUUCAUUUUUAAGUGCUGUUUUGGAAUUGACACAUCUUAGCAUGUUUUUUCUCUUCUCAUUUAAUUUAUUUAUUUAACAGGAUGACGAGACACUCUCUACAUUCGAAAGACAGAGUAGGAAGCUCAAGUCUGAGAUAGAGCAGAUGGAGAAAGAAAAUUUGGCGCCCAAAACUUGGGCCAUGCUUGGAGAGGUGGCUGCUUCCUUUAUCAUUCAUUUUGUCAAAGACGUUUAAAUCAUAUUUAGUUCGUAAGAGUUUAAUCUGAAACAUGAUUUCUACCUUUAUUCUUUUGUUUUCAUUUCCGUCGAGGAAGGUUUCUGCUGCAAAACGGCCAAAAAACAGUGCGUUGGAAGUUGACCUGGACUUUGAACACAACAGGGGGCCUCCUCCAAUUAUCACCGAGGAAAGUACAGAUAUUAUUGAAGAUAUAAUUCUGAAGAGGAUUCGCGAGGUAAUCCAAUUGAAAAUAUUCAGUUUUCUUUGGAGUUAAUUCUCUUAUCUCUAGUGUUUUUACUAUUUAAUUAUGAAUUAGAAAUUCAUUGUUCUUUUCAUUGAUUAUGCCAAUAUGGUUCUAAGAAGAUAGCAUAUUUGCUCGGAGAAGGCCUAUGCAGUGUUUAUAACUGAAAUAGCCACACUAGUUGUAUCGAGCUUUAAGAAAUCAUUCUCUUAGAGUAAAUUUUUUAUAGAUAUCCAUAAAAGUAUUCAUCAAAUUUUAAAUUCUGAUAUUUUCUGUGUAACUGUCAAAUUUUGGCUAUUAACAUCCUUCCAGGUGACUCGCAUGGAAGAUCUUCAUUAUAGACAACUCUAUGAAUCAAAAUUCCUGAACAAUAUUUGAAUGCAAUCGAGUGUGCUACAUGUUACAUGGUUAUGCCUGGGAAAAAAAAAGGGGGUAUUUCUAUUUGCAUGAUACUACAUGUUAAUGGUUUUUAGAAUGUUAGAGAAAGAACUGAUUGUCUAAGUUAUGUUUUAUAAUUAAUGUGGAGACCUAUAAUGAGGAUUUAUUGAACGAUCUUCUGAAUCAUUAUAGAAAUGAUUAGACCUUGCAACCAGCAUGAGAUGGUAGGUUGGUCGGAGCUUGCAAAUCAUGUGACCCCUGUUGCUAAGGUAGAAUAUUCCUUCGACUUUGGAUUCUCACCAAAAUAUUAGGCUGAAAAAUAUCACAUUCAUAAACAUAUUCUCCAUCUCCAUAAAUUUCCCGACCUUUUUUCUUCUUCAGUAAACGCUAAUUUUGUUGCAAUCUUGUUCAGGGACACUUUGAUGACGUUCAAAGGGCGCCCAGUUUACCUUCUAAGGCACCAAAGGAGCUCAAAGAGUUGGUAUGAACUCCUCAUACCAGAGGAUAUUCUCACUCCCUUCCCUUGCGCAAACUGCUGUUAUUUCUGAACUCCUCAUCAUUUAAUGACCACAGGACGACAACAAGAGCAAAAAGGGGCUCGCAGAGAUCUAUGAGGUUGGUAUGGGCAGACUUUGGACAAUAAUUUCCCAUAUAUAUAUAUAUAUUUUGACUCUUGUGGUAAUUUCUCUUUUUCAGGAGGAGUACGCGCAGACCACUGGACUUGCAUCUGCCCCUCUUUCAUCCUCAGAUGAACUGAAGAAGGAGGUAUGCCAACGAUUUAAUGAUCUCCAUUAUUCGUAUGCUGGGUUUUUUUUUCUCUCAAUUUCUCUGGAUUUUUAUGCCUUAUUUAAUUCUCGGACCAAUUGGGUUGAAAAAAUAAAAAUAUUAUAAUUAACGGCCAUCCCUUCCUUUCCUCUUCCUCAGGCGGGCGCGCUGUUCAAGAGACUCUGCUUGAAGCUGGAUGCUUUGUCCCACUUUCACUUCGCCCCUAAGCCAGUAAGCCCCCCUGGAGAAGAAAACGAUAGAAAACCCUAACUGCUGGACCACGUUAAGCCUAAUGCGCCCUUGAUCUUCGACAGGUUAUCGAAGACCUGUCUAUUCAGGCUAACAUCCCCGCUCUGGCGAUGGAAGAGGUAAGCGAGCUUGAGACUACCUGUGCGGCUUGAGACUUUGUGGUGGCGCUCUGACGUGGCUUCUUUUGGUUGGCGCCAUCAACAGGUUGCUCCUCUGGCCAUCUCCGACGCAGCCAUGCUCGCUCCUGAGGAGAUUUUUAGUGGAAAAGGUGACGUCAAAGAAGAAGCGGAGCUGACCCAGGCUGACAGAAAACGCAGGAGAGCUAAGAAGAAGAGGAAGUUCAAAGGUCUGACCGCCCACUUGAUCUCGCCUUCUCUCUCUCUCUCUUCUGACUUCUAUACCAUCUCCAUUUUUGCCAUUCAAGGUCUAUUAUCUCCAAGUGAUUUCUCUCUCUCUCUCUCUCUCGAUUUCUAUGUGGGUCUGUUAAACUUUAUUUUGGAUUAGUUCAGUCUGAUUAUUGUUGGUCUGCCCAUUUUAUCUCUCUCUCUCUCUCUUCUGACUUCUAUACCAUCUCCAUUGUUGCUACUCAAGGUCUAUUAUCUCCAAGUGAUUUCUCUCUCUCUCUCUCUCUCUCUCUCUCUCUCUCUCUACGUGGGUGUGUUAUACGUUAUUUUGGAUUCAAUAUUGGUUUCUCAAUUUGAUAUCUUUUCUCUCUCUCUCUUUCUUCUGACUUUUAUGAUAUCUCCAUUUUUGCCAUCCAAAGUCUAUUAUCUCCAAGAGAUUUCUCUCUCUUUCUAUGCGGGUGUGUUAUAGUUUAUUUUUUGGAGUAGUCAAUGUGAUAAAUUGUUCGUCUGCCCAUUUGAUUUCGAUGUCUCUCUCUUUCUCUUUCUUCUGACUUUUAUACUAUCUCCAUUUUUGCCAUUCGAGGUCCAUUAUCUCUCUCUCUCUCUCUAUAUUCUCGAGUGUCGUUAUUGGUCUGAUCAACCUGAACCUGCUGCUGCAGCCGAGGAGGCGCAGAAAACGGCGAAGAAGGCGAGGGGAAACAAGAAUCUGGAUCGGCCAAAUGGUAUUUUUCGCGUCUAACCCGAUCGAUCCACCAUAGUUUUGGCUGCUUGUUUACUCCUUUCAAUGACCCCCCGUUGAAACUCGCAGGCAGGGAAGAAUCCUGAGCAGCCCAGACAUCUGACGGCGGAUUCUGCAAAUCUCCACUCCAAUUGGCGAGAGAGCAGUUCGAGAGAGGUCAAAGUCAGAGGCCCACGUUGCCUCCGGUCGAGAGUCAGCGGGCUCGGGAAUCAUGCGCUCUACGUUGACGAGGAGAGAUCGCUCUUCAGAUUGGACUGGUAA